CUCUAUUCUUCAGCACUCCGCAGUACGGUAUUCCAAACAGCCCAUAUCCACAUCUAUGGUCUAGUGGACAAGAACCCUCCAUAUAUUUUGCGUCAAAUAGGUUGUAUAUUGGAAACUGAUUUGUAUCAUACAUACCUUCUUCGGCCUUCCAGGCUAGGUUCAAGGCGCACCUUGAGGUGCGCCUUACGCAUACAACCUCAAUAUGGUAUACGACUGGGAUGGAAAACGUGACAUUUGUUAUCAGAUGUACAUCAAGGAAAAAAAAGCCUUGGAAGAAAUCAUGGACUAUAUGAAAAAUACAUAUCAAUUUGCCCCCAGCAAACGCGCUUUCCAGACACAGUUUAAGCGCUGGGGAUUUCCGUCGAAACAAAAUCCCGCUCACAAGAACACGGAGCUUGUUGCACGCGUCAAACAGCUCUGGGAGUGCAACACUAGCCAGCGAGAUAUGCUUAAGAUCUUGAAUGAAGAGGGCUUUGAGAUCAAGGAAAGAGAGCUGAUGCGAGUUCGCGCCAAAAAUCGCUGGCUAUUAAGAGUCCCCAAUGGAAUGAAGACACAGGCAAAUUUUCAACCUCCACAACACCAAUCUCAGGACGAAGGCCUACUGGCUCUUCAAGAGGAAGUUUAUAAAAGCCCAGGACUCGUUGAUGACCACCUGAAUGACCAUUCAAACUCCACAAAUCUACCUUCCCAGUCACUUAAUCUUUCUCCUGAAGUCCUAGCCAAACGUAAAGAGCGCUUUGAACGCCUGAAAGCAGAAAGUGCAGAACGCUGGGCUACCAGGAAACGACGUCGACGCACUCGGGGAUGGGCUGGGUUACCUGCAGAUCCUCCAGGCCCCCCCCGUUUUCCGUCUGAAACUACAAUCGACGAAAGCAAGAGAUAUCUCAGCCUAGACAUUGCCAUGUACCGUGAAAUCAGAGACCAGUUCCAGGCAAUCUGUGAACAAUCAGGUUUCAUCAAGAAAACUGUUGCUGGUCCCGAAAGGUGGCAAGCGGCGAAAGAUAAACUCAUUCAAGCAUCUCCACAUUUGCAGCAAAUAUUUUGUGUGGAUCCUAAUCAGCUUGAUGCAAAAGCUCUUGCCCUUGAUGUUGUCUGUACUGAUGUCACUAAACGAAUGCGAACAUUAGAAAGACGCAUGACCAUUGCAGAGGCAAAAAAUACUCUUGGAAUCAAUCCAGAAGAAAGCCGCCAAAUUAGAAAUAUCUUCUAUAAUAUGCUUAAAGCUGAUCAUUUCACAAGCAAACUUGAAGCUGGUGAUGAUCAUUGGAGAGAGCUUAAAGAAAAAUGGAUACAAGAGUCUGGACUACUCCAACAAAUUCUUUCAUCUGGACCUACAGGAUCUGCAGAGCACGCGCAGCCCACGCAGGCCUCUAAGCUAAAAGCGCUCGAGGUUCUCUGUCGCGAUGUGAUGAAGCGACUUCGUGAUGAUCAAACAAAGAGAGAUCCAUCGCGUAAGCGACCUCGGGCAUCAUCUACCAUUCGAAGACCAGUCACAAAUGAUAAUACUGCCUGCCACCCAUUCCCUGGAGGAAUCAGCAACGGCAUAAGUACACUGGCUUCACAAGCCCUUGCAAGCGCCCCUAUGCCUACAAAUGAUUUGGCUGAAAUACAGAUAGACCCUUCAUUACUCCAGGCUGCAAAUGACCCAAGUUUUGCAACAAGGGAUCAACACGAUACUGGGCAGGCAUUUGGAUAUGUUGACCCUCUACUGGAGACUUCAUUGCCUGAUAUCCCAAUAUAUCUCCGCAUUAGUCCCCACAGCCAAUUACACUGUUCUUCAAAAACAUGGGUUGAAAAAUUAAUAACCAGAUCCAUAUCUGAACUGAGACAGCAUGUUGUUGCUCGGUAUCCAGACUCAGAGGUCACAAGGAUCGAGGGCCUUGAUAAAGAUGAACAUGGUAAUGAGAUAUCUUUUUUGAUUGAUGAAGAUCAUGAGCUAGAUGCCUAUUUAACCCAUGUUCAGGCAAGAAAAGCAUCGUUCUUCUUCUGCUUGAGUGAAAUCUAAUAGAUCUUUGCUCUCUUGAAUAGCAAAACUUGCCUCCCUAUGUAUAAGCUACUUUCUAAUGACGGAAGCCAUUUUUACCAGUUUUCAUCCAGAUGCAAGGCUUUUAAUGUACCUAAGAUUGCCCAUCAACAUUAGAUUAUUAAUAUCUCAAG